CGUCGUUAACGACUACUUCCUCUCCCAAGGUAACUGUCGUAGAAGUCAUACUACGUGCGAGUGGCUUUGUGUAUCGUUCGGUUCAAGCAGCAUGACUUCUAAUCUUGCCCCGUCGUCGUCGAUUGUCCGCAAUUGCUACAAUUGCGGGCAGCCUGAACAUUUGUCACGUUUCUAUCCUCUGCCUGACCGUAGGUUAGUUGGUAGCUUCACUGCGAACGUUAAUACCAGCACUGCUAUUGUACCUGCGCAAAGGAAUAUCGUAGUUACUUACCCAGCUACCGGGGUAAAUUAUGUUAAUUUCGGUUACGGCUAUGGUGGCGGCCUCAAGCCGCGCGUCGAAACGCUGGAGACAACAGUUACGGAACUGAAGGCCUACCGAGAUGCAGUUGUGGAACAAGAAAGGAUCAAGACAGAGGAAGAAAAAAUAAUCAAGAAAGAGAAAGAAGAUGAGGAGCGUCGUGCACGUGAGAAGAAGAAGACGGAGGAACUUCACCUGAAGAUCAACGUCAAUAUUGCGGAGCAACUCAAGCCGGUGCGUGAGUUACUCGAAACAAAAGCAGUUAAAGGAAGGGAAUGUGACGAGGUUGUGAAGCUACGACUUGAGAUUGAAAAUUUGAAGAUGGUACAAAAGAAAAAUAUUGGUGGGUGCUCAACUUCGGAGAGUGAUUUUGACCAGUACAAACGCGAACUUGAAGAGGAGCGAGGACGUGCGGACCAUAGAUUUGUGGUAAUGGAGGAAGAGAUUGCGAGACUGAAGAAAGCUAAUGAGGAGGUUCUGAAUUCUGCCGAAACCUGGAGGCUGGAGACUCUUCGGCCAGGGAAUAAGAGGGGAUGCGUGGCAGUUACUCCUCCUCCGAUACCAACGACCAGGACGAGGGCUCGGGUAACUCCGAAACAUUCACUACCAGUCGAUAGACAAAAGGUUCAAGAAAUGAUGGCUCAUCAGGAACAUCAUGAACAAGAAAUUGAGAGACUCAAAGAAUGGAGGCAUUGCAAACUGAAUGGGAGACAUGAGGCAGAGCAGGAGGUUGAUCGGUUGAAGGAUAAGUUAGUUCUUUUUUAAAUAGGGAAGAACACUCCGACUGCCUCCAACUUGAAAGCUCGGUUGGAUGGAGCCGCGGCGACCAUGUUGGAUAAAGGAAAGCGACUGAU